CGUUUAGUAACAGAAGACACCUCCCAGCGCAAGAUGCCCAAGUUGAUCCUUUACGGCCUGGAAGCGAGUCCGCCAGUUCGUGCGGCCAAAUUGACUUUGGCUGCCCUGGAUGUUCCCUACGAAUACGUGGUGGUAAACACUCUGGCCAAGGAGAACCUCUCCGAGGAGUUCCUGAAGAAGAAUCCCCAGCACACGGUGCCCACUUUGGAGGACGAUGGACAUUUCAUUUGGGACUCGCAUGCCAUCAUCGCCUAUCUGGUGUCCAAAUACGGCAAAACAGACAGUCUCUAUCCGAAGGAUCUUCUUCAGCGUGCUGUGGUGGAUCAGCGAUUGCAUUUCGAGUCUGGGGUGAUCUUCGCCAACGCACUGAGGAGCAUUACCAAGCCACUUUUUGCUGGUCGGACCACGAUUCCCACGGAGCGUUACGAUGCGAUUAUUGAUGUCUACGACUUUCUGGAGACCUUCCUUGCUGGAAAUGACUACGUCGCCGGCAAUCAGCUGACGAUUGCGGACUUCAGUAUCAUCUCCACUGUGUCCUCGCUGGUGGCCUUUGUGGAGGUGGACACGGCCAAAUACCCACGGAUUACUGCCUGGAUCAAGAGACUGCAACAGCUUCCCUACUACGAGGAGGCCAACGGCAAUGGAGCUCGUGCAUUUGGGUCCAUUAUUAAGCAGAAAAACUUCACCUUCGCAUCAAAGUAAAUUACUUAUGCACAUAAAUAUAUCACAAGUAUUUCUUAAAGAAUAAUAAGUAAAUAAACAAAUUUAAAAUA